AUGAUUAUGAGAAGUCACUUCCGGCCAAUUAAAGCUACGCAUGCUGAGCCACGGUUACGAGCCAUGUCCGUCGGCUUUAGAGCCUGGCUGGUCCCGUUUAAACGAGCGGGCCGGUACGGAACUGAUACAUGGAAGCAGCCAAAUUCGAGUCUCCUGACUGCGAGCCCUUGCACAAAUUUGCGACUCGAAAUUAUCCAUCCAAUAGCGACCGGCGCUGGUAUGGUUCUGAGUUACUCUGGUAUACCCCGACCUAGCACCCCUCCAGAGGCGCCUUUGGAGGUGACUGAGAUAUCUGAAAGGAGCCAAAGUUCUAGAUGGCUAAGUCGCGAUGAUCGGAUUCGCAUUUUGACUCUACGAGAUGCUGGUUUUACCUAUCAACAGAUCUCUUCUCAGCUUGGAUUUACCUAUCGUCAGGUGCAAUAUACCUGCCAGAAUGAGCAAUCUACUCCUCGAAAGCCUCCUGGCCAGCGCCCGAAGCUAUCAGAAGAGGAUAUGGACAAUAUCAUUACCUUUAUCUCUUCAUCACAACGUACGCGCCGACUAUCUUAUAAACGAGUUAUUGAAGAACUAAAUCUUCCCUGCGGAGAAACUGCACUUGCUCGAGCACUUAAAAAACGAGGCUAUUCCCGAUGCAAAGCUCUUCGAAAGCCACCUUUAUCGGACGAUACAAAGCGUGUACGUCUUGCCUGGGCCCUUGAGCAUGUGAAUUGGACAAUUGAGCAAUGGAAUCGAAUACUUUGGUCUGAUGAGACUUGGGUUACUCCAGGCUUCCAUACCAGAAUCUGGGUUACCAGAAGAGCAGGAGAAGAGCUAGAUGAGACCUGUAUUCGUUUGUCUACCCCCAAAAAGCGUGGUUGGAUGUUUUGGGGAUCAUUUUAUGGAGAUACUAAAGGCCCUUGCCUUUUCUGGGAGAAAGAAUGGGGCUCUAUCAAUGUAGAGAGUUACUGUGAGCGAAUUAUGCCUAUUAUUGACGGCUAUCUUCGCCUGAACCGACAGCAAGGUAACUAUCUUUGUCUUAUGCAUGAUGGAGCACCUGGCCAUGCCAGCAAAGAUACUAUAGCAGAGCUUCAUGAGCGUAGUAUCUAUCCUAUUAGUUGGCCUGCCUUCUCCCCUGAUCUGAACCCUAUUGAGAUGGUAUGGAACUGGAUGAAAGACUGGAUCCAAGAGAGAUAUCCAGAUGACCGCCAGCUAUCUUAUGAUGCCCUACGAGAAAUUGUACGAGCUUCAUGGGAUGCAGUCCCUACAGACUUUUUGAAAGGCCUUAUUGGGUCUAUGCAAGCCAGAUGUCAGGCAGUAAUCGAGGCAGAGGGUGGCCAUACAAAAUAUUAG